UUUUGACGGUGCGCCCCUGCGCCUUUCGCUGGGAAGCCCUGUGCUCAGAGCUGCCAACGCCCGGCGCAGAGAAACAAACAGGGAGGAUACGAUCUUGAAUGAGAAGAGUGGAUUGUUAACAAAAGCACAGCUAUGCAGACGAUCAAGUGCGUUGUGGUUGGCGAUGGUGCCGUUGGUAAAACCUGUCUAUUAAUCUCCUACACAACUAACAAAUUUCCCUCCGAAUAUGUACCAACGGUCUUUGAUAACUAUGCAGUAACGGUUAUGAUCGGAGGGGAACCUUACACCCUUGGACUGUUUGACACUGCAGGUCAGGAAGAUUAUGAUAGAUUACGACCUCUGAGCUACCCCCAAACAGAUGUCUUCUUAGUCUGUUUCUCCGUUGUUUCCCCAUCUUCAUUUGAAAACGUCAAAGAAAAGUGGGUACCUGAAAUCACCCAUCACUGUCCAAAGACUCCCUUCCUGCUGGUGGGGACACAGAUCGACUUGAGAGACGACCCCUCUACUAUUGAGAAGCUUGCGAAAAACAAACAGAAGCCAAUCACUCCGGAGACGGCCGAGAAGCUGGCCAGAGAUCUGAAGGCUGUCAAAUACGUGGAGUGCUCCGCUCUCACACAGAAAGGCCUAAAGAAUGUAUUUGACGAGGCGAUUUUGGCAGCCCUGGAACCCCCUGAGCCCAAGAAGAAGCGUAAAUGUGUGCUGCUAUGAGCACCCGUUCCUUUCUCUCUCCCUCUCUCUCUCUCUCCUCCUUGCUCUGCUAAGGCUGGCCAACAGCUUUGUACUCUAAAAGCAAUGUAUGAAAGAAGUGAGUUAAAAUUUUUGCUCUGCAAUAAAGAUAUAUAAAGACUACCCUACACAUACAUACACAUACAUACACACACAUGCGCACAUCACUCAGUCACACAACAGGAGUCAGAUUAUAAAUUUGAGUUCCCUAUCAGCACAGCUAUUAAUCUAAAGACUCUAGAGGGCCUUUUUUUCUAGUUUAGAUUUUAAGAUGUUCUAAAUCUGUACUUCAUGGUGAGUUGUAGAGAUAUGCUGCCUUGGUUUGAGAAUUGGUCAUUUAACCAUGUUUUUUAAACAGCUGCCUGCUCUUUUGAGGAGUUUGAGUGGUUACUAGACCAAGUUACAAACUUGCAAAUCAUGCUUCUAGCGUUGUGAGUCCGCUCUCUCCAGCUGGAGUGGGCCCUAACCCCCUGCUUCACCCUAGGACAUCACCAGAAGUGCUUGGAAACAAUUAGCUCCUUUUUUUUUUUUUUUCUUUGCCAAUAUCCCCCCUUCGUGAUCUAGACGGUUGAGUCAGUAAUCAUGUAAAUAAGAGUGGUUUAAAUGGGUAUUGAAUGGCUGCAAGAAUUGGUUGUCUCAAGCAGGGAACUUUGUAACAGUGUUAGCAGAACAAGUGGCGUGUCCUAAUGCGUUACCAGGGACCACAGAAGCAUUUCUCAGAAACUUCUCGUAAUGCAUGUAGGUAAGCCUCUGGUUUUCUUUUGGAUAGGUUAACUUUAAUAAUAAUGUAAGCUGACAAAAGUUGAUGUAGACUCCACUUGUUUUUACCAAAACAUUUUCUUUUUUCUUUGUUUUUUAUUGUGACUUAAUUUGUAUUUCUUUUUUUUUUUUUUUUUUCUUUUUUUUUUUUUUUUUUGGCUUUUUUGUUCGUCACUUUUGUCUUUAUUUAGGGGCCGGAUCCCAACAACACUGGUCCGCCUGUGAUUUAUAGAACACCUUUUUCUUUCGCAAAAAAAAAAAAAAAAAACAUAACUCAGUGCAAAACGUCCCUGAACUACUCAUUGACAGAACCAAGUUUACUAUCGGUGUCACACAGGUGGAUCAAGGUUGCUCUGCUUUCCAGUCAUUAUCACCCUUAUUUGUUUGUCUGUUUUUUGUUUUGGUGUAAAAACCAAAUGCUAUGUAUGAAGUCUCUCCUUUGUACUGUAUAUGCAUUCUUUUAAAAUUUAUUAAACUUAUACCUUAAUUGCCUUUA